AUGGAAGGCAAAACCGACAGCGAAGGGCUCGGCCUGCGGCAGAAUGCCUUCCAAGAUCAACAUAAUAUCCAAAUGACGCCGUCGGCUGAAUGGCAUUCCAAUCGCCAAUUUGCUCGAAAGCCGAUCAACGGACCACAGACGCCGACAACACCGGCACCCAUCAGCAGCCCGUACGGGCGUUACGGAGGAAGCCCGCCGACGCCCUCCGCCAAAUCAUCACAGCCAUCCUUUUCCGAACGAGCUGCCGGCGCCGCGGCAUACUUCCCAGCACCGGCCAGCGGAAGUAGUGCGACUUCGCAGCGACCAAGACCGGCGCCGUUACAGAUGGACACAGAAGAGUAUUCAAACUAUUCAGCCUCCUACUCCAGCCUGAGCACCCCUUACACGGGGGGUCUGUCAACUGGGGGUCUUCCACCCAAAAGACACAUGACCGCGCGCGUCGAUUCUCGGUCUUCAGCAGCUGGUCUACUCUCGCCGCCAUGGCAUGGCCCUCCGCCUAAUCGACCACAGCCAAUGUACUAUCCCCCGGAACAAAUCCAACUCUUCAACAAGUACUGGCACACGUCGUGGAACAUGUACUUUUUCCUCUUGGCCGGCAUUGCAUUUGCUCUAGGUCACCAUUUUUUCUACGCCGGCCUUGACGGAACAGAGGCGAACGGCCAGAUCCGCAUGCUUCGCUACGGUGCCGCCUUGUCUUUCCUCAGUAAAGCAAGUCUGGGUUCGGCUGUGAUACUCGCCUUCCGACAGAGGGUAUGGAUGACGGUCCGUCGAAAGAUGCUGACCCUGGCUGCUGUGGAUUCGCUCUUUGCCGCCGCCGAGGACAUGACUGCCAUUUUCAACAUGGAAGUCUUUCGCCAAGCUAGGAUCGCCAUGAUCUUGGCCAUCUAUGUCUGGUGCACCCCUCUCGUUGUGGUCCUCACCUCUGAUACUCUGACUGCUCAACCUGCCACAACGCGCCAAAACACGUCGUGCCCGUCCGUCCGCACUCUCAAUUUUGAACAGGAAGAAACCAGUGAUUUCCGCACAAGGACGAAGAUUAAUAACCUAUUUGAGCUUUCCGCCUCUCUGUGGAACACAACCAGCCAUAAUCAAUCUGACGAGCACUUCUUUGACUACUGGAUUGGGACGAGUUGGCAAUUUGAGGAAAUAUCCACUUCGGCGAUUUUGGGCAAGAAGCCGCUCGCGCGGACGAAUGCCAGUGUCGAUGUUUGCGGCAUGGGCUGGAACUGUACAUUCACCAUCCAGUUCAAAGGCCCCGGGUACAAGUGCGAACAACUAGCCAGCGGCGUUGGUUCGACACCCAAAAAGCUCAACGGCGCCGACGUGCCUUUCAAUAUGAGCAUGCUUGCUCCAGUUGGCAACCAUACGUACAUUGCCCACGCCACCGCGGGCGAGUACCAGAACCCUCAGAUGAAUGACACUGGUCCUGAAGGCAUCCCCAAUACGCCGCCUCCCUAUCCACAAAACCUCGGCGCCCUCCGUACGGAACCGGUGCUCUGGUUCGGCUUCGCCGAGGUCGACGAACCGUCCGACCCCCAGCCGAUGGACCCUACUUUGCCCGAAUGGCAAACGGCCUACACUCCAAAGUUGUUUGGCUGCGAACAUCGUGAGACGGAAUACGAGGUCGACUUUGGCUACACCGGCCUUGUCCAAAAGACCAAUGUCCGGAAACGAACGUUCCUUGACCGCAUCGCCGACACUCGCUACCUCCCCGGUGUCGACGCCAAAGACGGAACAGCGGACAACACAACGGCGACGCCAGAGUCAAACUACAUCUUCCCAAAGGACGUGGCUCGCUACCGCAGAGCCAUGGCAUACCACUCCAUCGGAUACCAAUUCCGCCAAUUCAUCAACGGGACAAUCUUCCAGCCCAAUACGAACGCCAACACCAAAGUCCUGCAAACCCGCAUCCUCGACCAGCACAACUACCUUGUCGUCAAAGACUUCAUAAACCAGGUGCAGAGCCUCUACGAAGACAUCCUCAUCUCCAUGUUCUCCCAGCCCCGUCUCCUAGCCGUCGUCUGGGCCAACGACACAAGCGAAAAGACGGGUACCCGCCUGGGCGACAACCACACCUACCCCUGCACCCGCGAGCGGACCGACCUCCGCUACAAGUAUCACGCCCGCGACCUUUGGGCCGUCUAUUCGGUCGCCAUCCUCCUCGCCAUCGUCGGCGUGGCUUUCGGUCUCGUUGCCGUCCGCGAGGAGGGUCUCGUCCGCAACACCCGCUUUAGUAGCAUCGUCGCGGCAACCCGCGGCCCGGGUCUCGAGAAGCUCCCCUGGGCAACGACGCCCAAUAGUGACCACCGUCCCGUGGCUGCCGCCAAGGUCGGCUACGGCCUCGUGCCCAAGGAUCCGCACGCGGGAGGGGCCGAGACUUAUGGGUUCGGGCUGGAGGGCGACGUCAAGCAGCCGCAGAGGGAGAGGAACCAGCGUGACGAGUCGGGGAGGACACCAUCAAGGUUGGGGAGUCCCUUUCAAAGGCGAGCGUUUAAUCGGAGGUGGUCGAGAUUGAGCGGAUAG